CAAGAGGGUGUUUCACUGGGAAUUGGCUAAAGUGUGAUCUGUUUGACUGACAGUGUCAGACCAGCGGAGGCGAAGGUUGCCACGAGAUCGGUGUGUCACAUACGUGAGCUUACUGGCCAUGGAUGGAUGUGCUGGCAGCUCCCCACAGCAGAUUUUGGAACAUACUGCCUCCAUUUUAGGAUGCUGUAUUACCGAUAAGAAGCUUGCAAUUCAUUUAGAUCAAGAAGAUGAAUUGCAGCAUCUUAGAGACCAAUUCCAUAUCCCCAAAAUUAAAGACCUGCCUUCCACUGACCCAGCUUUGAUAAAGGCAGAAGAAGAGUGUGUUUACUUGUGUGGACACUCCCUUGGACUGCAACCAAAGAAAACAAAGGCUUACAUUAAUGAAGAGCUUGACAAUUGGGCCCAAAUAGGUGCUCAUGGUCAUUUUCAUGGGUCUUAUCCUUGGGCUUUAGGAGAUGAAUGCCUUGUUGAACUAAUGGCUAACAUAGUUGGUGCUAAAAAAGAAGAAACUGCAUUGAUGAAUGGACUGAGUGUGAACUUGCAUCUCCUGCUGCUGUCCUUCUACAAGCCAACAUCAAGUAGACAUAAGAUUCUUAUGGAAACAAAGGCAUUUCCUUCUGAUCAUUAUGCAGUGGAGUCUCAAAUCCGUCUUCAAGGUCUAGAUCCCAAGGAAAGCAUGCUUUUGCUGUCUCCUGCAGAGGGUGAAGAGAAUCUGCAAACAGAAGAUAUUUUAUCUACAAUAGAAAAGGAAGGUGACAGUAUUGCUGUGAUCCUGUUCAGCGGAGUGCAAUAUUACACUGGACAGCUUUUUGACAUUGUUUCAAUAACAAGAGCAGGGCAUGCUAAGGGAUGUUAUGUUGGCUUUGACCUUGCCCAUGCUGUUGGGAAUGUUGAAGUGCAUCUGCAUGACUGGAACGUAGACUUUGCCUGCUGGUGUAAUUACAAGUAUUUGAAUUCUGGUGCUGGAGCUUUAGCAGGAGCAUAUAUACAUGAAAAACAUAAAUUUACCAUAAAGCCAACAUUACUUGGUUGGUGGAGCCAUGACUUUAAAUCCAGAUUUCAGAUGGACAAUAAAUUGGAUCUAUCUCCAGGGGUAAAUGGAUUUCGAAUAUCUAAUCCCCCCAUCUUAUUGGUUCGCGCAUUACAGGCUAGCCUAGAGAUCUUCAAUCAAACUGACAAGAAAGCAUUGCGAAAAAAAUCUGUCUUACUUACUGGCUAUUUGGAGUGUCUGAUCAAACAUUAUCAUUCAAAAGUUCCAGAUAAUCCUCAGAAAUUAUACAUCAAUAUCAUUACUCCCUCAAAUAUUGAAGAACGAGGCUGCCAGCUGUCAUUGUUGUUCUCAGACCAUCUCAAGAAGGUCUUUGUAGAACUAAUGAAAAGAGGAGUUGUUGCUGACAUCCGGGAACCAAUUCUUCGAAUAGCCCCUGUACCUCUUUACAACUCUUUUUAUGAUGUAUAUAGAUUUAUCAACUUAUUGAAUGAAUCACUUAAUGUAGUAUCACAUGAAGUCAAGGAUGCAAUGUAGUAUGAGUUGUGUGAGGUUCCAUUUUGCAAGGGGUACCACCCUGCUACAGAAAGGUGAUUUGUCCAAGUUCUUUCUGCUAUUCAUUCAAACUUUGGGAGUGAUAAACUAGAAGUCAGAAACUAGAUUUUUUUAAUUGAGAUAAUUGUUUCAAAUGAAUAAUUUAGAAAUCUAGAAACAUUGCAAGUUUCAUGGUACAGCCUCAUGACAGCAAUCAUUGUUUAACAGCCAAACUGACAACAAAUCAGUAAUUGACCUAUGAGCUCUGGUCAAACAAUUUCAGAGCUUUAACUAUAAGCCAUCCAAAUUAGUCAAUUCCACUGCUUCUGAAAUAUCAGACAUUGUGAAAGAAAUGCCAGUCAGAAAGGUUGCAAGUAUUGACUCGAACAUUCACCUUUCCAAUCCACCAGGCAGAAGAUAAACUAAAGGAAGACAUCAAUGGAUUCCACAAUACAUUCAGCAUUCAUUGAGUUGUAAACAAUGAUUGGUGCACUAUGUCCAUGCUGUCCUUCUGCCAUUCAUAGUAAUCCCAUUUGCCUGCAUUAGAUCAGUAUCCUUUUAUGCCUUGCCCAAUUAAAUACCUGUCUAAAUGUCUCUAAAACAUAGUGAUUAUAUCCAAUUCCAUCACCCCCUGUGGCAGUGAGUUCCAGAUAUCAACCACUGUUUUGUAAAAAAAAACCUCAAAUCCCUAUAAAAGUGCUAUUCUUGCUUGUGUGCCCUCUUGUUUUUGAUACUCCUACCAUGGGGAAAAAGGAUUCUAUCGACCUUAUCUAUGCCUCUUAUUGUUUUACAUACUCUAUUAGGUCAUCCCUAAGACUCCUUCAUUUGAGAGAAAACAACCCCAGCUUAUCCAAUUUUCCCCAUCACUGAAAUUCUCCAAUCCAGGAGACUUUGUGGUGAAACUCCUCUGCACACUUUCCUGUGCAAUCAUGUCCUUCCUAUUAUGUGGAUGCCACAGUGCACAUAAUAAUCCAAGUGCAAUCUAACCAGUGUUUUGUAAAAUUGUAACAUAAUGUCCCAACUUUUAUAUUCUAUGCCCUAAACUAUGAAAGCAAGUAUGCCAUACAGGUGGAUAAGGUAGUUAAGAAAGCUUAUGGGAUGUUAGCUUUCAUAAGUUGUGGGAUCAAGUUUAAACCACGAAGUAAUGAUGCAGCUUUACAAAACUCUGGUUAGACCACACGUGAGAUAGUGUCCAGUUCUGAUCGCCUCAUUACAGGAAGGAUGUGGAGGUGUUGGAAAGGGUGCAGAGGAGAUUUACCAGGAUGUUGCCUGGAUUAGAGUAUGGAUUAUGAGGAGAAACUAAGGGAGCUAGGGCUUUACUCUUUUGAGAGAAGGAGGAUGAGGGGAGACAUGACAGAUAUUGAGAGGAAUAGAUAGCCAGUGCCUCUUUCCCAGGGCGCCAAUGCUCAAAACAAGAGGACAUGGCUUUAAGGUAUUGGGUGGGAAGUUCAAGGGUGAUGUCAGAGGGAGGUUUUUCACCCAGAGAGUGGUUGGUGCAUGGAAUGCACUGCCAGGGUGAUGGUGGAGGCUGAUACAUUGGGCAAGUUCAAGAGAUUGUUAGAUAAGCAUGUGGAGGAAUUUAAGAUAGAGGGAUACGUGGGAGGAAGGGGUUAGAUAGUCGUAGGAGUGGUUUGAAGGUCAGCACAACAUGGUGGGCUGAAGGGCCUGUAUUGUGCUGUAUUGUUCUAUGCUUCAUCACCAUCCUAUCUGUGUUGCCACUUUCGGGGGGAAAAAAUGGCCUCUCACUCUUAUGAGAACACGUGGAUCCUGAAUUCUUAAGUCUCUUUUUUAAAAAAAAAACUCCCACUUGUCAUUUAACCCUCAAGCAUCUGCUCCCAAGCUACUUAUACAAGGCUUUCUCUUACACUAUUGAUAUUAGCCUUCCCUGCACCACCCCCCCUGCCGUUUCAAGACCUUACCUUGAGUACCAAACUUCUCUUUUUAUAACCAGCUUGAAACUUGCCAUUCUCAAAGUGUUCCCGUCAACACUUCCAUCACCUGCCCAGUUUCAUUUCCUAAGAUAAUUUUAAAAUUUUUUGUGAAACAAUUUGAGAAUCAAAUCUUUAACAGCCAAGAUUUGAGUAUAAUGAGAGAUCCAUAAAAUUGAUAUUAAUAUAAUGCAAAAUAAGCAUGAAAAUCAUCAUUUGUGCAUUCACCUUUUCUAUCAUCCAUAAUUCCUCUGAGACAAAAGAGAAUAACUUUUGGAUAAAAGGUCUAUAUGUCAAAAAAACAAUGUAUUUUUGAAAAAAAGGUAGAAUCAUCUAUGUAUUGAUUGAGAAAAUUGUCCUGAACAUACUCAACAAAUUCCUCACCAUCCAAGCCCUUAACACAAUGGCAUUCCCCGUCGAUGUUUGGAAAGUUAAAAUCCCCUACUAUUACAAACCCAUUAUUCUUACAGCUAUAUGUGAUCUCCCUACAUAGUUGCUCUUCUACUUCCUGCUGUCUAUUGGGAGGGCCUAUGAUAUAACCCCAUCAAAGUGAUCACCCCCCCCUUCUUACUUCACAGUUCCACCCAUACAGCCCCACUGGACAAUCACCCAGGAAUAUCCUCUUAAGUAUUGACGUGUAGAGUCGACCAUGAGCAUAUAAAUUUGAGCUAAGUAAAUUGCUGUUAAUCUUCAGAAUAAAAUUGCCCUUGUGUACUUAUAGCUCAGUGUAAAAUAAUCACAUAAUAAAUUCAAGUUAAUGAUUCCUAUGUAGUUGGGAUCAGAAGUCUACAGAAUGGGAGUUUAUCAGAGCAGAAGCUAGUUAGUGCCCAACUGCAAGCAUGGAAAAAUUCAUUGUCGUCAUAAGUGUCCAAUAUCCUAAGGCCGCCCAGUACUUUCCACUUCUAUUUUGGGCAGUUCACCUCACUGACAGUAACCAUUGAAAGGGUAGGAGAACUAGGAAGUAUUAGUACAGGUUGGCAGCAAUAUUGGGGAGCUGUGGAUUUGGGAUGAAAACGUUUACUUGUGAUUACAAAGCAAAGUAAAUUUGAGAAUACAGACUUUGUAUUUAAGUAACAGCUUCCAUUAGGCACUUCAAGAACCACCUGAGGAUCCAGGGUCUCAGUUAUCAAAGAAAGCAGCUCUGAUGGCCACCUGAGGAUCAAGAAAAUCAAGCAAAGGAUGCCUGCAGCCAGCUCUGCUCUCUGUUAAAGCAUUUAAUUGGGUAGUGUCUAAAUGUAAAUUAGGAAUAUUGUUAAUGUAUUUGUGAAAUGGUGUUAUGGAUAAACACUAGUUUCAGAUAGCUUCCAGAGAUGCCUCAUUAUCACUUGACCCUUGUAGAUUGGAUGAUUCACCUGACAUUGGUUCAUUUUGAUCUUCUGUCUGUCCAGAAAAUUACCAAAACAUGGAUUAGUUUCUCCUCUAAUGAAUGGCUGUAUUGGAUGAAUUUUCUGCAGGUUUUCUAAACUACUUUAGAAUCAGUCAGAGUUUUACCAUCAACUUUGAUAAAAAGAGUAUCAAUCACGUUGCAAUGGAUUGAAUGUGGUUGCUUAAGCAAAAGGCUUGACAGUUUAAUGAACUUCUCCCUUCUAAUGUUGUGUGAUCUUAAGAUCAUUAAUACAGUAAUUCUUGGAAGACAGCAAGUGCAUAGAAAUGUUGCUACUGCUCCGUCUGUAAAUGAUGAUACUAGGACCUUUAGAACAAUACCACUGUCACAUCAUGACUGCAGAUGGGUGCUGUAUACUUCAUAAGAACUUAAUAUCUGCAACAGCUGCUUCUAUUUGACACUAUUCAGUAAAUUCCCCUGAGAGCACCUCAAACUAACUAUAAAAUACAUUAAUCCCAGUUGUGAGCUUAGUCUUUUCUUCAGAAGUAGUCUCUACAUUCUCAGUAAAAUUCUAGACAAUUUAAUAGGGGUACUGUGAGAGACGCUACCAUCAGGGGAUCAUUCUCUUUUGCAACAAAUGUUGGGGAAAUUCUGGGCAGAGUGCCAUCAAUGAUUUGGGUGUGCUUCCUGGAAAUUGUGUUCACUUGGUCUACAUGGCACUGCUAUAUUCCAGAAAUCAGCAGGCAAUCAAAGACAUAAAACUAUGUGAAAUAUCUUCCCAGCUUUUAGAAACACUUGCAUUUCAGUAUGCAUGCUUUGAUAAGGUGGUGAUUGACAUACAGAAAAAUGUCUUAAAGCAUCAUUUAAAUAGCUAUAUGGCAUUAGAAUAAUUAAUAAACUAUUAUUAAUUAGAUCUUGACAAGUAGAAUUUCUAGUUUUGAAUUUUGAAAGUCUUGUCAUUUUCUGUUAGCUUGUGUUGUAACUCCAACUUGGUUGGCCAAAAUUCUCUCUCAAUGCAGAUGUUUUGGCUUCUUAAUGAAAACUUUGUUUCAGAAAUUUUCUUGCAAGACACUUGCCAUUUACAGUCUCUUCAACAAAGGUUUCUGGCCAGACUUAAGAUUAUGUGGGGUGAAGGAAAAUACAGAUAGAAUAAAUUGUCUUUGCAUGUGGACACAAAGUGUGUUUUUCAUCUUUUGCAUUUUCCUUGGAAAAUAUUCUUCUAUAUUCCUGCUCCUAGUGUGGGGUUUUCUGGAUGACAGUCCAAAUUACUAUUGUAUCAAAGUUUAUUAUACAAAUUGAGCAUAUAUGAAUAAAGCAUAUUAUAAAACAUGAUGAAAUCCAAUCAUUAUUUUAAUCAAAAAUGUUCUGUUGGUGCUUUGUUUAAGAAAUUGUGCUGGUUUUCUGUGACUCAGUAUUUUCCCAAUUUUAGCAUAAUUUUUACCUAAUCUGACUCGGUGAUCAA